GAAAAGUGCCGUCGUGAUCAUCAAAUCAAACUCUUUAAAACGCCCCACUGUUUGGACCGAAUGAAACCUUUCGUCGUAAUUCGUAAGCAUGAAAAUCAGGACAAUGUUGCACUUCAAAACCUUAUCAAAGAGUUUGUCAUGUCCGGCGCUUGGGAAGCUUUCGUGUCCUGUUUAUUUAGGGAGAUUACUCUCCAGCUGAUCGUACUUGGUUGGGCGUUGAUGUUUAUUUUUUUCGGCAUUCCAUUGUACAUGUGCGCCAUCGCGAUACCGUGCGUGGUCGUUCUGAUCUGGUUCACGGUGUACGGUAGCUACUACAACAAAUCCAAUGAACUUGCCCUCCGCCCGAAUAAGCUGUGCUGGGUGGCAGAAGUGUACGAACCUUUGCUCUCGGUCAACGCCAAGGCUCAGAUGACGACGAUAGAGAAGUGCUUUGCCGAUCGACCCGGUCCGGAGGUGCAGCAGGAACUGGGUCAGAUGAGGAAAAGAAUCAUCGGUACCAUCAGCUGCCGCAAUCACUUAGCCAUGGAAAACGCAGGAUUCAUUACGAGACUCGCCGUCAGCCCCAGGUAUGGACUAUCGCCGGUGACGGACUAUCUCAUUCAACGAGUGUUGCAACAUGCCUCCGAAAGUCAGUUAUACGCAAUCGAAACAGUGACUUCAGAAUGUGAUCAGGAUGUGCGGGAAAUUUAUCUUAAAAUUGGUUUCAAUAUACGCCAAGUGUACCACAAACAAAUUAUCGGCAAUACGCUGAAGGUAAUGAAAUCGCAACUCGGUAUCGAUCUGCACGAGUGGAAUCAAAAUCGGGAGGAAAUCAACGUAGAAGUACCUAUCGAGUAAAA